AUGCUUGACCUUGGUGCUUCUAUUAAUGUCAUGCCCUAUUCGGUAUAUGAAUCAUUGAACGUUGGUCCUUUAAGUGAAACCGGUGUCAUAAUCUCUCUUGCGGAUAAAUCAAGGUUCUUUCCUAGAGGUGUUUUGGAAGAUGUCCUAGUGCAAGUGAACCGAUUGGUCUUCCCGGCGGAUUUCUAUGUGAUUGAUCUAGAUGAACGACUGUCCUCAAAGUCGGGUAUAAUUUUACUUGGGAGACCAUUCUUGAAGACGGCUAGAACAAAGAUUGAUAUUUAUGCGGGAAGCUUAACAAUGAAGCUUGAUGGUGAAACAAUAAGUUUUAACAUUUAUGAUGCUAUGAGAUAUCCUAGUGAUGUUUCAUCCUUGUGCUUUAUUGAUGUUGUCGAACCAUUAACCCAAGAGUUGUUCGAGUUGUCUAAUGUUGACAUGUUGGAGAUGAUUUUGAGCAAAGGAUUUGGUUAUGGUAAAUUAGCCAAGAAGUUAAAGCUCUACUCAUUAGAUCUGGAAGUUGAAAGAUUGGUCAACAAUUUAGAGAUCAAGAAAACCACUCAAUUUAGUGUGAAGCAAAUUGCAUUACCUCAAACUCACACAAGAUUUUCUCCCUCCCUUGUUCAACCACUGGAGUUGGAAUUAAAAGUCCUUCCUCAACACUUGAAGUAUGCGUACUUGAGAAACAACGAGACUCUUCCGGUCAUCAUUUCAACUUACUUAACCGAGUGUGAAGAAGAGCAACUCCUCAAAGUGUUGAAGGAACAUAAAGAAGCAAUGGGUUGA